GUCCGACAGACAUGGCAGAGGAAGCUCCAGCAGCCGCGCCGGCWAAGGCUCCGGCCAAAGCCCCGAAGAAGAAGUCCGCUCCCCGGCCCAAGAAGGACGGGCCCAGCCUCCCCAAACUCAUCGUGGACGCCGUGGCCGAAUCCAAGGAGCGCAAGGGGACGUCCCUGGCGGCCCUCAAGAAGGUGCUGGCCGGGAAAGGAGUGGACGUGAGCAAGGCCAACAAGCGCAUCAACACCGCCGUCACCAAGUUGGUCACCAAAGGGACCCUGAGCCAGACUAAGGGCACGGGGGCCUCCGGCUCCUUUAAGCUCGCCAAGAAGGAGCCCAAGGUCGCUAAACCGGCGGCGGCCAAGAAGGUGGUGAAGAAGAAGGCGCCCGUCAAGGCCAAGAAGCCCGCGGCAAAGAAGAGCGCAGCGGCCAAGAAACCCGCCGCAAAGAAACCCGCAGCGGCAGCCAAGAAGUCCCCGAAGAAGGCUCCGGCCAAGAAAGCGGCCAAGAAGCCCGCCAAGAGCCCCAAGAAGGCCGCGCCCAAGAAGCCCAAGGCCGCCGCCGUCAAGAAGCCCAAGGCCGCAGCCAAGAAAAGUCCAGCAAAGAAACCUGCAGCCAAGAAGGCCGCAGCAAAGAARGCCAAGAAGUAAACAGCUGCUUCAGCCCCGCAUUUUACUCACCAAAGGCUCUUUUAAGAGCCAACACACAUUCUACUCAAGAGCUCGUCCUUUUCUUUUAUUUACCACGUAUUUUACUUCAUACACUAGGAAAAAUUACAUUUAACACCAUCUUUGAGUUAUAGAUGAAAGUUAUUCAUGUAGAUGCCACAUUUUAUACAGUAGUUUUAACAGUCAUGGGACUUACACUUCUCAGGAAGGAUUCACCUCAUUUGGCUGAAUACCACUKUAUGUGGAAGACAUCAACUUUCACACGUAUUCUUCUCAUGGAAUGUCAUUAUGCUACUUCAGUCUUUAGUCAUUGCUUACUUCACUUAUUACUUCACUGUGUACACAAAUUAAUACAGCCAGAAAAAGGCUCACACAACACUCGGUYCCUUUCACAAUGAAUCGGCAAAGUCACUUGGCUCGCUCACAACUGACACCUCUGAAUUCAAUUUUUUAAACACCCAUAUCAUAUAUAAAAUUACUUUUAUACAAGUAAUAAGUCAGACAUGAACCGGGAAAAAAUACAAAUGUCAAAUGGAACAAAACUUUCAUAUUCAAUUCUAAAAGG